UUUCGAACGAGAGCAAUUACUUAGCAGAAGUAUUAAAGUAGUUCAUUUCGUUGUGCUAAAAAAAAAAAAAACGUUAUUUACGAAUAACCACUAUGGUACAAAGGCACGUCUUGUCUGCGAUCUUCUUGGCGCUUGUUUCUCUCAAUGUGAUACAAGCAGGAGUGAUACCACAAGGAUGGUUCCAACAUGAAAAUCUUCCCAAUUUUAUAAAUCUCUUAGACUUACCCAGUUCGUUUCACGAUUUUUCUGAUCAUGUUGCCACAUUAGCGACUAGUGCUCUCAGCGGUGUCAGACCGUACUUCGAUACCUUUCAUACUCAUUUAAGUGAUAUUUUGCCUCAUAAUGGUAUACUGCAUCGUGUUAUUAAUAGAAUACAAUCGGGUCUUACCAAUCCGGCAUUUCUAAACGGAGCUGCAGACGCUGUUACAAACGCUCUUGCAUCGAGAGUUGUGCCCAACACCGAUUAUCUUAGACCAGGUAUUUUUGGAAGACGUCUUUUCGGCAAUAAUGGAGGAACAGACCUUGGUAGUAAUGCAGCACCCGCUGCAACUGCUAAUGCCGCUAGUUCUGCAACCUGAGAUUCUAAGCUUUUAUAUUGAUUGAUUAAAUAUAUAUCAAGAUUAUAAAACUAUAACAUGUACUUUCAAUAUUUAUCGUAAAUUACACAUGUUGAAAUUGCAAAACUUUUGUUUAUUACAUAAAAAAAUAAAAUAUAUUUUAAUAAAUA